AUGGGGAGCCGUGGGCUGCUGCCGCUGCUGCCGCUGCUGCUGGGCGCCGCGAUGGCGCUCCUGCGGCCGGCGGAGGCGCCGGACCCCGUUAGCGCCGAGCGGAGUCUGGCGUGGGGCCCAGGGUUGGCGGCGGGGCUCACCCUGCCCGUGCGGUACUUCUACAUCCAGGCGGUCAGCGCGGCCGGACGCAACUUCUCCCGCUCCCCGCCAGGAAGAACAGAGUUUAAAGUGGUAAUUAAAUCACUUUCUCCAAAAGAAGUCACCAGAAUUUACACUCCUCGGCCUUUGGAUAGAAACGAUGGCACAUUUCUUAUGCGGUAUCGGAUGUAUGGGAGUGUCAAAAAAGGGUUAAAAAUUGAGAUACUUUAUGGUGAUCAGCAUGUAGCACAAUCUCCUUAUAUUUUAGAAGGACCAGUUUAUCAUGAAUAUUGUGACUGUCCUGAAGAGGACCCUGAGAUCUGGCAGAAUGUUAUGUCCUGUCCAUCCCAAGAACCUCAGAUUACAAAGGACUUCACUUCUUUCCCCACCAUUGACCUUCAGCGAAUGCUUAAGGAAAUCCCAACAAAGUUCAGUCAAACAAGAGGUGCUAUUGUUCAUUACACUGUUCUCAAUAAUCGCAUCUACCGUCGCUCCUUAGGGAAGUAUACAGACUUCAAAAUGUUCUCCGAUGAAAUGCUCCUGUCACUGGCAAGAAAGGUUCACCUUCCUGAUGUGGAGUUCUAUCUUAAUGUUGGAGAUUGGCCAGUUGAGUAUCGGAAAGCUAAUGACACACCUGGUCCUAUACCUGUCAUUUCAUGGUGUGGCUCAUUGGAUUCAAGAGAUAUAGUCCUUCCAACGUAUGAUGUAACCCACUCGACCCUUGAAACCCUACGUGGAGUCACAAACGAUCUCCUUUCUAUUCAAGGAAAUACAGGCCCAUCCUGGGAAAACAAAACAGAGCAAGCUUUAUUCAGAGGUCGAGACAGCCGAGAAGAACGUCUCAAUCUUGUCAAGUUAUCCAAGGAAAAUCCAGAACUACUAGAUGCUGGAAUAACAGGAUAUUUCUUCUUCAGAGAAAAAGAAAAAGAGCUGGGAAAGAUUCCGUUGAUGGGCUUCUUUGACUUCUUUAAGUACAAAUACCAAGUGAAUGUAGAUGGGACUGUAGCAGCUUACAGGUUUCCAUACCUCUUGCUAGGUGACAGCCUAGUAUUGAAGCAAGAUUCCCAGUACUAUGAACACUUUUAUAUUGGAUUGAAACCUUGGAAACAUUAUGUUCCUAUCAAGAGAAACUUAGAGGACUUGCUGGAGAAAAUAAAAUGGGCUAAGGAAAAUGAUGAAGAAGUGAGAGGAAUUGCUAAAGAAGGACAAUUAAUGGCAAGAGAAUUACUUCAGCCUCACAGGCUUUACUGCUACUAUUACAAAGUGCUCGAGAAAUAUGCCAAACGCCAAGCCAGCAAACCUGAAAUACGGGAUGGAAUGGAACUUGUACCUCAGCCUGAUGACAGAGACUCAGUAUGCAGCUGCCACAGGAAAAUGCCUUUAAGGGAAGAUCUGUAACUGUACCGGAUGAAGAAAAUCACCCACUUACAAUGCAAGAAUUCAAAUAGGAAUUAAGCUGUGAAAUCUAAGACAAUUAUGCACUAGCAGACAUUCUUACUUAUGUAUUCUUCUUGUCUUAACAUACUCUUUUUCACACUGACUCUGCUCUACAAGGUUGGUUCCCACAGUUUUGUAACCUUGACCACCACCAGGCGCAUACUGAACCUGGAAUGAGGGGGUGCAUCUAGGGGGUUUGUUUGAUGUACUGCAGCAUCAGGAAGAAGAGCACAGUGCUGCUUGUGUUCCAGCUGGGACCUAGUUACCAAAGUUUUAUGAAGAACCAGUCAUCCACAAAAGAUCUUACAUGAGUCAGUGCAGGUUAUUCUAAAGGCACAUUUGCAACAUACUAAAACAGUGUUAUGAUUUCUUCAUAAAGUUUACCUGUGUUAGAUUGUUUCUUGUAUACAAAACAGUUUUCUAACUAGACAAAGAAAGUAUUUGAGAUUUACAGAUAUCAAAUCUGUUGUUGCUUUGAGAUUAUUUUGUGGUCUACGACAGAUAACAGAACAAAGAACAUGAUAGACUAUUUAUCAAUUUCAGAGGGAAAGGAAGAGGAGGGGGAGAGAUCAGAAUAAUAUUUUAUAAGCACCAUGGCUGUGAAUUACCAAAGUUAAAUGCUGCAUUAAAGCAGACUGUGUAGCUAUAAUAAUCAAAGGGCUUUGAGUGCCAAGACACCACUGUGAAGACCUGUUCUUGCCAGUAACCAUGUCUGUGAAUAUAGGCACAUAUCCACAAAAGGACUUCAGAACUUUAGGUGAGACCAGUUGAAAUAGUGGUGCCUUGGUUUAACAAUACAGUCUACAGUAUUCUAGGCUACUUGAUAUUCCCACACUGAAAUUUGUUAGCAGAAUCGUAGACUGUAGGUUUAACUUCUGUGUAGAGCUAAGCAUCUUUUCACUUGGAUUCAUGAGCUAUUCUCUCCUGUGCCUGAGUCCCUGGAGGGAUAUUAGCCACUUUCUGAAUUUAGAUCAUACCUAACCUUAUACUGAGAUCAGACAGCAGAUCAGACUUCAUUGUUUUGGUUCAAACAUAUGACAGAAAAAACCUAUGCUGCAUUUUCUAUGUAAGGGUCUAGGGGUUAGACACCAUACUAAGCAAUUGGGAUGCCAGUUAUCUUUAUUGGUUUGAUUCAAAGUCAUUUUUCCAGAGGGCCUUAGCUUCAGUCUGGAGAAGAGGUCUUCAGGUCUUCCACUGAAGUUGUGCAUCCAUGAAGCUAGGGAUGCAAAAUUCACAGGAACAGAAGGACCUGGUCAUACCAUUGCAAUAAAGUGUGCGUUUGGGUGUGGGGAAGAGGAAAAAUGCUAGUCCUGGGUGCAGCUCACAGUACCUCUGCUGAUUUUUACCCAAGGUUCUCCAUUUCAGAAUGCAUAAACAGUCCUGUAAGGAGACACCAAUGCCAGUACCAAGACCAGUGCCCACAAGCACCCAUUUCUGUCCUCUGCAUUUUUGGCUUGGCUAAUGUAGCCUGCCUGAGCAGCCUCAUACUCGGGCACACUCAGAUAAUGGCUUAGGAAUAGAAUUAAGUUUGUGGAGAAGUGUCUUAAGUCUGUGGACUUGUCUAAUUGGUACACAAAGUCUAGUGCUCUGCACUUCAUGCAGGCUUCAGUCUUGGUUCUACACUGCAAGUUACUCUUACAAAAUACAUGAAACAAAAUUUCUGCACUACAACAGGAAGAAAGACUAGAUUUUUCAGUAUGCUAAGUACAGAAAGAACUUCAGGUUUCUAAAGAGGUUCAUGCAACUCUCCAUCAUUCAUUUAUUACAUUAUGCCAGUUAAGAAAAAAUCUGGAACAUGUUGCCCUACCCAUCAUUCUCUUUGUUCUGGUUCUAACACUAUAUGUAGUGGUUGUCUUUUUAUUUCGCAUGACAAUCCAUCCUAGAAUUUCAGGCUAUAAAUACAUGUUCAGCUCAUCUGCCAUAAUAUUUUCUACACUGAAACUCAGGAACAGGAUUCCAUUGCUGAAGAUGAUACUGAAAACUGAGCAUGUGUUCCUCUUCCCUUCUCUGUAUACUGUAAUUUUUACUGUAUGAUAUACUCUUAUUUUGUGAUAUUGUCUAUUUUACCAUGUGCCUUUUAUAUUCACCAGUAUUUGUGGAAGUGGUGUGCUCAGCAAAGGCAAUUAAGCAGACCAGAUGGUUGAUGGCAUGAGGUUUUUUCCCCACCUCUCACACAUGUAUUUCAAACUAAAAGUCCAAAAAUUAUCUGUUUACAUUUUUUAAAUGGGAGAGAACAAGUGAAGUCAUGAUGCAUACUUUAGAGUUCUUUGGAAAUAUCUGUGUAGGAAAGACUGUCUUGAAACAGAAGUCUUUCAAACUGGAAGAAGAAUCAGUUAAAAUUUAAGCGGUCAUGAAUUCAAAUAAAUGUGAAGAUUUUA